AUGAAGCAUCCAUUGCACCCUCUACUUCUUUCUGUCAUCUUGUCUGUAUGUGUUGGGAGCAAUGGCCUUGCUGAGCAGGUGGCUAACGAAAAUGUGAGCGUGUCCUUUCUGCCUGCCAACUUCCACAAAGAAAACACAGUCACCAACGACUGGAUUCCGGAGGGGGAGGAGGAGGACGACUAUCUGGACCUGGAGAAGUUGUUCAGUGAAGAUGAUGACUAUAUUUACAUCAUUGAUGCAGUUUCCCCGACAGAUGCAGAAUCAAGUGCUGGGAACAUCCUGCAGCUUUUCCAAGGCAAGAGCCGGAUCCAGCGUCUUAAUAUCAUCAAUGCAAAGUUCGCCUUCAACCUUUACCGAGUCCUGAAGGACAAGGCUACCACUUCUGAGAACAUCUUCAUAGCACCUGUUGGCAUUUCUACUGCCAUGGGGAUGCUUUCCUUAGGCUUGAGUGGAGAAACCCAUGAGGAAGUACACUCAGUUCUACACUUUAAAGACUUUGUCAAUGCUAGCAGCAAGUAUGAGAUUACCACCAUUCAUAAUCUCUUUCGAAAGCUGACCCAUCGCCUGUUCAGGAGGAACUUUGGGUACACGCUCCAGUCAGCUAAUGGCCUUUACAUUCAGAAGCAGCUUCCCGUCCGGGAGGACUUCAAAGCUGACAUGAGAGAGUUUUACUUUGCUGAGGCCCAGGUGGCUGACUUCUCAGAUCCCGCCUUCAUACUGAAGGCGAACAACCACAUUUUGAAGCUCACCAAGGGCCUCAUAAAAGCAGCUCUGGAGAAUAUAGACCCUGCUACUCAGAUGAUGAUUCUGAACUGCAUCUACUUCAAAGGAACCUGGGUGAACAAAUUCCCAGUAGAAAUGACACACAGCCACAACUUCCGGCUCAAUGAGCGAGAAGUAAUUAAAGUCUCCAUGAUGCAGACUAAGGGGAAUUUCCUCGCAGCAAGUGACCAGGAGCUGGACUGUGACAUUCUCCAGUUGGAGUAUGUAGGGGGCAUCAGCAUGCUGAUUGUGAUCCCACGCAAGCUCUCGGGAAUGAAGACUCUUGAAGCACAGCUCACGCCCCAGGUAGUAGAGAGAUGGCAAAAAAGCAUGACAAACAGAACUCGAGAGGUACUUCUGCCCAAGUUUAAGCUUGAGAAGAACUACAACCUGGUGGAGGUGCUUAAGUCUAUGGGAAUCACAAAGGUGUUCGACAAGAAUGGCAACAUGUCAGGCAUCUCAGACCAAAGGAUCACUGUUGAUCUGUUCAAGCACCAAAGCACCAUCACGGUGGAUGAAGAGGGCACGCAAGCCGCAGCUGUAACCACCGUGGGAUUCAUGCCACUGUCUACCCAAGUCAGGUUCGCUGUUGACCGUCCUUUCCUGUUUCUAGUGUAUGAGCACCGAACCAGCUGCCUGCUUUUCAUGGGGAGAGUGGCCAACCCCACCAGGUCUUAACAGUGCCACGUGGUCUGGGCACCUGGUGUA